AUGUUUAGGUGAAACAAGUACAACUUGGGAUGCCUUAGCACAUGCUUGUAUUGAACAAGGAGAAUUUAAUUUAGCAAAAAAAUGUUUUAGCCGUAUAAGAGAUGUAAAAUAUUUGAGUUUAUUAGCAAAUUAUGAAGAUGCAGCAAAACGUGGUGAAACUAAAAUGAAUAUUAAUCUUGGUGAUUACUAUGCAUAUUAUGGUCGAUUUCAAGAUGCUGCAAGAAAUUAUCAACAUGCUGGAGCACCUGAACGAGCAAUGACAAUGUUUACUGAUUUACGAAUGUUCGAUCAAGCUAAAGAAUAUAUGGUCGCAGGUGAUGUUGAUCAACAGAAAUUAUUAAAUAAACAAGCAGAAUGGGCAAUAACAAUGAAUGAACAACGUCGUGCAGCAGAAUUAUUUUUAGCAGCAAAUGAUUUUCAAAAAGCCAUUGACAUAGCUGGAAAAAAUAAAUGGGCAGAUCUAUUAGCAACAAUAACAGGUAAAUUAGAUAAAGCCCAAACCGAUCUUCUACGACGUUGUGCACGUUAUUUUGUUGAAAUGAAACAAUAUACCUAUGCAGCUGAUGUUUAUGAGAAAAUGGGUGAUAUUAAAUCUUUAUUAGAUAUGCGUAUUAUUCUUUCACAAUGGAAUGAAGUAUUUGCCUUAGUUCGUCGUUAUCCAACAUAUGCAUCAGAUGCAUAUUAUAACUAUGGUCAACAUUUAGCUGAACAUGAUCGUUUUGUUGAUGCACAACGUGCAUUUCAUAAAGCGGGUCGUGUUGUCGAAGCACGAAAUGUUCUUCAAGCAUUAACAAAUAAUGCUGUUAAUGAAACACGUUUUAAUGAUGCUGGUUAUUAUAAUUGGUUAUUAUCAAAAGAAUAUCUAUUAGCAUUAAGUGAAACAUUAAAUGAUGAUUUACGUGCUGAUUUAUCUAAACGUUAUCAUCGUUGUUCAUUAUUAUCUGAACUUUAUUAUGCAUAUCAAUAUAUAUAUGAAUAUACAACAGAACCAUUUGUUGAUACACCACCUGUUAUAUUAUUUAAUAUCGCACGUUUUAUAUAUCAUAAAUUAGUUACUCUACCUGGUGAUAUACCACCAGCAUUAUCAAAAUUUCGUACAUGUUAUGCUGCAUGUAAAAUAGCUAAAAUUUUAAAUGCAAAUAAAUUUAGUCGACAAAUGAUUUAUUUAAUGCGUGAUUUAACAUUUACACAUAAUUUAGGUAGUAAAAGAAUUGAAAUUGAACAAUUAGCAUUAGAAAUGGAAGCAAGAACAUUUAGUGAUGAUCAUGAUUUAUUACCUUUAUGUUAUCGUUGUUCACAUCAUAAUGAAUUAUUAAAUACACGUGGAAAUGAAUGUUCAAGUUGUGGAAGUCCAUUUGUUCUUUCAUUUCUUUCAUUUGAUGUUCUUCCUUUGGUUGAAUUUAUUCUUCCAUCGGAUAUAAAUGAUGAAGAUGCAUUAAAUCUUCUUGAACAAGUACCAAAUAGUCAUUUAGAAAAUGUAUCAUCAUCAACAACAAAAAUAAAUCAAUCAACAGCUAAUCGUCUUGUUAUUACUGAACAAGGAAAUACAACACGUGCGGAAGAUAAAGAUCCAUUUUUAAAAAAAAUGAGUAAAUAUAGUCCAAAUCCAGAUGAUUAUCGACCUGUUGUUGUUGAUCGUGCGUUACUUAAAGCAAUGGAUCCAUCACUUGUAUUUGUAUGUAAAUGGCCAUUUCCAUUAAGAUGGAAAUGGUAUCGAAUUAUUGUACCUGAACAACCUGUUGGACGUUGUCGACAUUGUAAUAAAUUUUAUCAUAAUGAUGAAUUUGAACUAGCUUUAUUGGAACAAGGUGGUUGUCCAUUCUGUCGAAAUAAGAGAGAUGGAGAAACAACAGAAAAUAACGAUGAUUAUUAA